UGUGCUUCUUUAUUGUUUACCUUGGAGAUAAAAUGGGAGCCUACCUUCCUUUAUUGUGACAAGAGCCUAUUUGAAUAUAUCAGAGAAGUAUAACCUUGCAUUGCUAAAAAGUGAUGGAUACAAAACAGGCUCAGUGUAAUUCUUUAGCAAAGCUUGAUGAAAGUGACCGAAAAGUUGGUUUCAUGCUUAAAAAACUUCCACCAAUAAAGAAUGAAAGAAAAAUCAAUUACGAGAAUCUGAUUCUCUUUGACCAGCAAAUUAGAGAUAGAGAAAAAUUGUCAAGAGAAGCAGCCCAUAAGACAUUUAUGGAAAAUUAUCAUAUGAUAUUUGAUGAGAAGCCUGAUAUCACCAAAGCUCCAAAGGAAAGCCUAGCUGAAAAGCCUAAAAGAAGUCCCAAAGAACUUGAUAAAGUUGAAAGCCACAACAUAACAGAGCAUUUAGCUAAGCUACACAGACACAGAGCAAGCCCUACCAAAGAAGCAAGGUCAGAAGAGCUGAUGAGAAAGAUUAGGAAACUGUGCAGGAAACCACCAUUUGAUCGGACAUCAAAAGACAAUCAACUGCUUUUCAAAUGCCUUGCAAAUGUCAACUGUUUUUCUCACAUAUCGAGGAAAGUUCUCCAAAAACUGGUCACCACAGCUUAUCUAGAAAAGUGGGAAGCUAAUUUUACUGUUUUUGGAGAUUCUGGACUCUAUCUGAUUAUCAAAGGGGCAUGUGCCCCAUAUCCAGCAGCGGAAACCCCCAAAGUCCCUGCAAUACAACGUGAAGAUUCCGAAAUACUUUUUGAUGAUGUCACUAUGGAAAGUCCUUCUUCAAAAAGAAUGUAUACGCUUACUGUUGGCGAUCAUUUUGGAAGACUCGAGCACACUGAUGAUUCAGAAGAAUUUGCUUCCGGGAUUCUUUCCGUAACGACGCUUGAGAACUGUGAACUGCUACGGUUUGCAAGCACAUCUUACGAAAGGGUUGCAAAGCAAGUUAAGGAUGCAGAGUACAACGACAAAGUGCAGCUUGCGCAAAGUUGUACGCUUUUCAAAGACUGGCCUAAUCUAUCGCUUAAAAGAAUAUCUGAAAUAUUACGUUGGGCUGAGGUCCCUGCUGGUGAAACUCUUGCCUUAGAAGGGAAUGUCUCAUCAACCAUUUACUUUAUAAAAUCUGGCGUCUGUCAACUGAAAAAGACGUUGUCGGUUGCUUUUACUACCCCCGAUGGAAGGAAGGUAAAAAGAAGAAAAGAAGUAGUAACUGGAACUUUGGAAGCAGGGGAUUCUUUUGGAGAGAAAAGUUUGAUGCUCAACCAACCAAUAGAACAAUCUGUUGUUUCAGAAACAGCAUUGCUUGUUGCCACUAUCGAACUAGAGGAUGUCCAAGGUCUGGAUGAGGUUACGCGAGCUUUAUUUCUACAGACAUGUGAGGCGUCGGGAACCGCAACUGCUGAGGCGAGUAUAAAAAAGAAGUACGUCGAAAAGCAAGUUGAACUUGAGUGGAAGUCCAAGAAGGAAGCAAUCCUCAAUGAUGUCUUGUAUCAUAAUGGAAUUGUACCUGGUUACAGCAAGUGGAGUCGUAAUCCACAUAAAGAUGACGUCACACACUAAAUUGGACACAAAUGAAUAACUGAUAGCCUUGCAUUCAUGACUUGAAAGAGCUGGCAACAAGGCACUGUUUCACGAUCUUUAGGCUAUUCACUUGAAAGAGCUGGCAACAAGGCAAUGUUUCACGAUCCUUAGGCUAUUCAUUCUCAAUCCUUAUUGUAGGUUACUUACACUAGCUAAUCAUUGCCCCUUUAACAUAGUCAAAGAAAAGAAACCCUGAAAACCUAUACAAGUUGAAGUCUCAUCCUUAAAAUUUGAAAUUGAGUGGAAGUCGAUAUUUAUUAAAGCUUUUUAACUAGAAAUUACUCUGGCGUUUUGCCUGAUAUGUGUCCUUAUGCAUCACAUUGGUUGUAAGCGCUGGUUGUGUUUUAUGUUGAUGACAAGUUUACCGUAGUACAACCCUGGUAGUGCUAAUUAGUAAAUAAACUCAGAUUUUAAGAGCUUGUAAAUAUGUGAGUAUGUCUUUCGAUCGAUAAAAAUAUUCACUUUUGCAUUGUAUUUUAGAAUAUUUGAAAAUAGGCAUGUAAGUAAAACUUUUCCAGUUAUACAAAAACUUUAAUUGAUCAAAAUAUCUUAUUAACAUAGUUGGGUAAUUCAUGUUUUUUCUCUUUUCCUUAAAGUAGCAAAAGGGUUUGCAGCCAUCCUUGUAACC